AAGCCUAUCGCCACAGCGCACGGAUCAACACAAACAAAGGCCGAAUACAGUUCAAACAGCUCUGGCAAGGACCAAUCCGGACUACAAUGCAAUUGAAAAUCCGGGACUCACCCCGCUCAAUCGCAUUAACCGACGGCACAACCUCCCUCGUCUUCCGCGCCGCACCAAAUACUGGGUCAAGCUCCUCCAGCACGCGAUGUAUCGUCGGGUUCGGCGACCGUGACCUCUCAGAAUUUCGGCCUCUAACCUCGUUACCGGUGUAUGGCUGUCUGGGCUUGAUCACGGUGGAGGGAGACGUCUUCAUUUGCGUAAUCACCGGAAGCUCGCAAGUCGCCGAAGUUAAGAAAAACGAAACAGUCCGCCGGGUCCAUGCAGUCGAGUUCCACUGUAUCAACCGCGCGGAUUGGGAUACGCGGUUGGUUGAUAUCAAUGGGAUGAGGGUCGAGAGUGAGUUGGAGGGGUUGGAGACGACGGCACAUACGCCUGAUAUCGAGCAUCCUUGUGGGAAGCUGAAGCAUGUGUUGAGUGGUGGGACGUUCUAUUUCUCGACGGACUGUGAUUUGACGAAUCGGUUACAGAGUCGGAGUGAGCUGUUCUCCACCUCGGCAAAGACCUCGGGGUCGGGGUUCGAGCCGGAGGCGUUUGAUGAUCAGUUUAUGUGGAAUAAGUACAUGAUUGGGGAGUUACUCAAGUUCAGGGCGAACUUAAAUUCGUCGGAAAAGAGAAGGCUGGAUCGGUGUGCGUUUUUGACGACGGCGAUUCGAGGUUUCGUGGAGAGUGUUCCUGUACAAGUCGGAAUUCGACCUGGCAAUCUCACUUUGAUCUCUAGAUUAUCAUGUGAACGUGCCGGAACACGGUUCAACUCGCGUGGUAUCGAUGAUCAAGGGCAUGUCUCGAACUUCGUCGAGACGGAAACGGUACUCGAGACAGCGGACUGGGUGUUCUCAUUCGUUCAGGUGCGAGGGAGUAUCCCAACUUUUUGGGAACAAAUCGGCUCCCAAAUCCUCGGUCAGAAGAUUCAGAUUACGCGGUCGAAGGAGGCGUCACAACCGGCGUUUGAGAAGCAUUUUGGGGCGUUGAUCGAUAAGUACGGUGCGGUGCAUAUAGUCAACCUUCUUGGAAGUAGGGGUGAUGAACCGCAACUAAGCGAGCGGUACGCACUCGCGGUGGCGGCAAGUGGGGAGAUGAAUGGCCAGAUCAGGAGUACGAAUUGGGAUUUCCAUUACGAGGUCAAGAACGACUUUGCUAAUGCGCAACGAAUCUGGCAUCUUCUCAAACCCGAUGCGGAUGCAUUUGCCUUCUACGUCGAAGACCAGAAAGAUGGCUCGCCCAUCCUCGAGCAAAACGGUGUGUUCAGAACAAAUUGUCUCGACUGUCUCGACCGAACGAACAUGAUUCAAUCCAUUAUCUGCCGCAUGGCGCUCGAGUCAUUCCUUUCCUACAGGAAUGAUAUGGCGAAUAACCUCCUAUGGUCUGGGCAUUCACGGUUAUGGGCAGACAAUGGUGAUGCGUUGAGUAAAAUCUAUGCUGGUACGGGAGCGUUGAAGUCGAGCUUUACGAGGAAAGGAAAGAUGAGCUUUGCGGGUGCUUUGUCGGAUGCGACGAAAUCCGUGUCACGGUUGUACAUCAACAACUUCCAGGACAAGGACCGGCAAAACACGAUAGACAUGCUCCUCGGACGUCUGGUAAAUCAACAACCCGUACCACUGUAUGACCCAAUCAACGACUACGUCCGCGACGAACUCCGAAAACGAAAAGACGAGUACACCUCCACCGGCGAAAUCAAAGUUUUCGUCGGGACCUACAACCUCAACGGAAAAAUGCCAAACGACAAACUCGAACCAUGGCUCUUUCCUCAAGGCCGUGAAGUGAAACACGAUAUGUACGUCAUUGGUUUCCAGGAGAUCGUGGAGCUGACGCCUCAGCAAAUCAUGGCUACGGAUCCAGCCAAGAGGAUGUUUUGGGAAGCGGAGGUGCAGAGGACGCUGAAUCAUAAAGCCAAGGACGGGGAGCAGUAUGUGUUUUUGAGGAGCGGACAAUUGGUUGGUGCGGCGUUGAUGAUUUUCGUCAAGUCGUCGCUUAUCUCUUCGCUGAAGAACGUCGAGGGCGCGAUUAAGAAGACGGGGUUGAAGGGUAUGAGUGGGAAUAAGGGCGCCGUCGCCAUUCGAAUGGAUUUCGAGAAUACCCGGUUGUGUUUCGUUACGGCACAUCUGGCGGCGGGGCAUGCCAACUACGAUGAAAGAAAUCGUGAUUACCACACCAUUGCCGAUGGCUUGAAGUUCCAGCGGGGGCGAAAGAUCAACGAUCAUGACUCCGUGAUCUUCUUCGGUGACUUCAACUACCGAAUCUCCUUACCGCUGGAGGAGGUACGGCACCUAAUCGACAUCGGUGAUUACGGCAAACUCUACUCCGAAGACCAACUCAACCGCCAAAUGGUAGCCGGCAACGUUUUCUCCUACUACUCCGAAGACCAAAUCACAUUCCCCCCAACCUACAAAUUUGACAACGGCACAGACCACUACGACACCUCCGAGAAACAGCGUAUUCCGGCAUGGACGGAUCGAAUUUUGAGGCGCGGGACGAAUGUGCGCCAACUCGCUUACGACUCUGCCCCACUGAGAUUUUCGGAUCAUAGGCCUGUUUAUGGGGUGCUUGAAAUGGGGAUUGUUAAGGAGGACGAGACCGUCCGGGACAGACUAUACCGCAAGAUCUACGACUCGAGGCGGGAGCAAAUCGGCGAACCAGCCGCCGGCUCAAGCAAAAUGGAUAUGGAAGACCUCGUCGAACGCAUCGAUACUCGCACAUCUAUCCUCCCUCCACCAAGCAGCGAAAAGCAUAAGUGGUGGCUCGAGGAUAACCAGCCCGCUAAAGUCCCCACACCACAACCACCUUCGGGGGCGAAGGAGUGGACGAGGAAUCCGAGGAGACCCGUGAAUCCGUUUCAGGUUACGGAGGAGCCGGAUUGGGUUAAAGUCGAUCGACCGGUCCAACGAGCACCCUCUGCCUCGUCGACAAGGUCAGCAGCGUCUGGGAUUUCGGCGACCUCGACGGCUUCGAUUGGAGCGCGACGGCCUGUGCCGCCGCCGAAGCCGGGGGGGUUGUCGAGGGCUGCGAAGUCAUCCUGCGACGCCGGAGGGGAUCAAGAAGAAGUACUUGCAUUCCUAUGCUGCUCUAACGAGACUCCUCACGUUACACCUCAACCUCCUCCCCUCCCUCCUCCACCACAACCCUCUUCUUUCUGCUCUUCUUCUUCUCCCCCUCCCCACCUUCCACACCCUCCCCCACCUUCCCCUUUCCGGUCUUCCCCUUCUUCUUCCCCUUCUUCCGCGUAACCUCAACAACAUCCGGCACAACCGCCACAACAGUCGGCUGCGCCGCCGCCGCCGCAGCCAUCGCCCUCUCCUUCGCAACCCGUCUCCGUUCCGCACGUUCGCGUUCGAGACGGAGUCGUUCUGCUUCGAUUUCUUC